GUCUCAAGUAGGCACUUGAUUCCAGGAGCUGGGGCUGAGAGGACCACCCCCGCCAGUUCUGCAUGACUGGUGAUUAAAAUCGCCAGCAUCCUCAAGGCUGCAGCUGGGGAUGCACACAGGGGACCCCAACUUCAAGCGUCUUGAUGGUCAUCAAAAUAGUUUCGUGAGUUAUAAAACCAGGAUUUUUUUCUGCAUCAUGGAACUGGAGGAGAUAUGAAGACUGCCUUCUUGAGAUAUUCUUGGACUAUUGUCACUAAGCAUCUGGCAUUGGUCACCAUUGGAUGACAGAUUCCGGGGUAGAUGGACCAUUGAUCUAAUCCAGUAUGGUCAUUCUUAUGUCCUUAUAAUGAAGAAAACGCUCAAAAUCUUCAACUGGCCUGAGUGAGAGAAGAAGGGAGAAGGCUGAAGGGGACUGCUGCAGAGAGUGGGACAGAGAGGCCCUAACACUCCACAUCCCAGUAGAGACUUCUAUCAAGUGGUGAUUUUAUGCAAUGGCAUCAAGCCACAGUUCUUCACCAGUGCCUCAGCCAAACAGCAGAGAUGCUUUCUUUAAAAAGGAAAUGGAUUCUGCUAAACGCUUUCGACCUGUACAGUCACUGCCUGAUGUAUGUCCCAAGGAACCUACAGGUGAUCCUAAUAGUUUAAGUGACAGCCCAUCUCUAGUUGCAGAUCAGCAUAGAUGGACAAUUUAUCAUUCCAAAGUAAAUCUCCCAGCGGCGCUAAAUGAUCCUAGGUUGGCAAAAAGGGAAUCCGAUUUCUUUACAAAAACAUGGGGACAGGACUUUGUGGACACAGAAGUCGCACCUUCAUUCUACCUCCCACAGAUCAACAAGGAAAAUUUUGCAUUAUAUCAACAGGAAAUAAUUCAGAGAGAGAAGAUUCAUGAAAGAUGCAAGAAUAUUUGUCCUCCUAAAGAUACCUUCGACAGGACUCUAUUACAUACUCAUGAUAAAUCCAGGACAGAUCUGGAACAAGUACCUAAGAUUUUUAUGAAACCAGAUUUUGCCUUGGAAGAUUCCUUAACGUUUAAUGCCGUUUUACCAUGGUCUCACUUUAAUACUUCUGGAGGAAAAGGAAAUCGUGAUGCAGCUUCCUCAAAGUUGCUGCAAGAAAAGCUGAGCCAUUAUCUGGAUAUUGUGGAAGUAAAUAUUGCUCAUCAAAUUUCUCUACGCUCAGAAGCAUUUUUUCAUGCAAUGACCUCUCAGCAUGAAUUGCAGGACUACCUCAGGAAAACCUCCCAGGCUGUAAAAAUACUUCGAGAUAAAAUCGCCCAAAUUGAUAAAGUAAUGUGUGAAGGAUCUCUUCAGGUUUUAAGACUGUCACUCACCAGAAAUAACUGUGUGAAAGUGUACAAUAAACUGAAGUUAAUGGCUACUGUACACCAAACGCAGCCUACAGUACAGCUGUUGUUGUCCACCUCUGAAUUUGUUGGCGCAUUGGACUUAAUAGCAACAACGCAGGAGGUACUUCAGCAGGAACUUCAGGGCGUUCACAGUUUCCGGCAUCUUGGAUCACAGCUUUGUGAGUUAGAAAAACUCAUAGAUAAAAUGAUGAUUGCAGAGUUUUCUGCUUAUGCUCGUAGUGAUUUAAAUAGACCAUUUGAAGAGGACUGUCAUAUUCUAGAAGAGGAAAGACUUGUCUCACUAGUAUUUGGACUUUUAAAACAAAGAAAGCUCAAUUUUUUUGAAAUAUAUGGUGAUGAAAUGAUUAUUACAGCAAAGAACAUAAUUAAACAGUGUGUGGUUAGCACGGUAUCGCAGAUAGAGGAGAUAGAUACAGAAGUUGUUGUUAAGCUUGCAGAUCAAAUGAGGAUGAUGAAUUUUCCUCAGUGGUUUGAUCUACUGAAGAAUAUUUUUUCUAAAUUUACUGUCUUUCUCAAAAGAAUUAAGGCAACGUUAAAUAUUAUUCGUAGCGUGGUUCUCUUGGUUCUAGACAAGAACCAAAGGACCAGGGAACUGGAGGAAACUUCAGUACAGAAGAACCCUGCAAAAGACAAUGCUGUGGAUACAGAUGUAGCUUAUCUGACUCACGAAGGCAUGUUUAUAAGCGAUGCAUUCGGUGAGGGGGACUUCCCAUCUGUAGCAGUUGACACUACCUCUCAAAGAAAUACUUCUCCAAACAGUGAGCCCUGCAGCAGUGAUUCAGUAUCUGAGCCAGAAUGCACUACUGACUCUUCGUCCAGCAAAGAACAGAUGCCAUCUUCUGUUAUACCAGGGGGAAUAGAGAUUAUGAUCAGUGAAGAUAUGAAACUGACUGAUCUGGAGCUGGAAAAACUGGCAAAUAACAUUCAAGAGCUACUUUAUAGUGCCUCUGACAUCUGCCAUGAUCGUUCUGUCAAGUUCCUCAUGGCAAGAGCAAAGGAUGGCUUCCUGGAGAAGUUGAAUUCCAACGAGUUUGUUUCCCUGUCUCAAUUAAUGGAAGGGUUUAUCUUAGACACUGAACGGAUCUGUGGCAGAAAAAGUAUGUCAUUGCGAGGAGCACUUCAGAGUCAAGCCAAUCGAUUUGUGAAUAGAUUUCAUGAGGAGAGAAAAACAAAACUCAGUUUGCUGCUAGAUAAUGAGCGCUGGAAGCAAGCUGAUGUUCCUGCUGAGUUUCAAGAUCUUGUUGAUUCUGUAUCAGAUGGCAAAAUUAUUCUACCUGAAAAAAAAGCAGGUGCUGCUGAAGAAAGAAAGCCAACUGACGUCCUUAUUGUUGAAGAACAAAAGUAUGCUGUGGUUGGGACAGUGUUGCUAUUACUAAAAAUAAUACUUGAGUACUGCCAGUGUGUGGAUAACAUCCCUUCUGUUACUACUGACAUGCUCACUCGUCUGUGUGAUUUAUUGAAGUAUUUCAACUCCAGAAGCUGCCAGCUAGUUCUCGGAGCAGGUGCAUUGCAAGUUGUUGGUUUGAAAACAAUAACUACAAAAAAUUUAGCUCUCUCUUCACGCUGCCUGCAGCUAAUCGUACACUACAUUCCUAUUAUCAGGACUCAUUUUGAAGCUCGACUGCAGCCUAAACAAUUUAGCAUGCUCAGGCAUUUUGACCACAUCACUAAGGAUUAUCAUGACCACAUAGCUGAAAUUUCAGCAAAGCUUGUAGCCAUAAUGGAUAGCUUAUUUGACAAACUGUUAUCAAAGUAUGAGGUGAAAGCGCCUGUUCCUUCAGCCUGCUUCAGGAAUAUUUGUAAGCAAAUGGCAAAGAUGCAUGAAGCUAUAUAUGACCUCCUCCCUGAGGAGCAAACACAGAUGUUGUUUUUAAGAAUUAAUGCAAGCUACAAACUUCAUUUGAAGAGGCAGCUGGCCCAUUUAAACGUAGUCAAUGAUGGAGGACCUCAGAAUGGAUUGGUUACAGCAGAUGUAGCUUUUUACACUGGAAACCUUCAAGCUUUGAGAGGCCUUAAAAAUCUGGACCUAAACAUGGCUGAGAUCUGGGAUCAGAAGAGGUGAUAAUCUACUGGAACGAGUCAGUUGGUUCUGACCACCAAAUGUCUUGCUUUCAAGAAGCUUGAGGUGAAUAUUUAUGAGCGGAGUCCAUGAGAGGAUGCUAUUGAUAUUUGGGGAAACUAGAUUCAGCGUGAGCUGCAGGGAGUGACUGACUUUUUGUGUCCUUCAGCAAGAAACAAGGGAUCAGCUGUCUGUGCAAUUUUUUUUUCCAUUCUCUCUGGAAACAGACUCAGGUUUCUUUGGACCAAAUCCAAACAAACACAUAGCUGUAACACAGCUGUAGUUGUCUAGAAUGCUCUGUAUAGCUUUAUAUUAAAAAGAUGCUUUGCAUUUCCUCUAGUGCAAUGAAAUUCACAUGGUGUCCCACCUUAUUUAAUGAUGGUAUAAUAUAAAAUCUUGCAGUUGAAUUCAGUAGAAAAUGUUUUUCUCUAUGAAACUGCUGUUUUAAAAUUUAUUUUUUUACAGAUCUUUAUAAGAAAUAAAUGGCUCAAUUGCUUGCAUGUAGGGAGUAGAUGUUCCAGGGUAUUUCUUUCAAUUAGGCUCUGAACUGCUACCAGAAGAUACAACUUUAGUAAACAGUAUGUUCACUUAAGCCAUUAUCUAUUGGAUAGAUUUUAAAAUGAUAAUCAUUAGUGCUGAUAGAUACUUCAAACUGAUGCCAAUCCUGCACCUAUGGGCAGACUAAAUCAUUGGUUUGGUCUCUCCCCAUCCCCUCUCCCACAAUUUUUAGACAAGUGUAAUUGAGUGCAUACAUUAAGGAAAGAGGGGUGGGGUAAAAAGAGCAGAAUUAAAAGUUUUAGGCUGCUGUCAUCUGUGUUACACUACUGCUGUGAAUGGGAGAGGUGAUGACUGAAACUAGUUUAGGUUGAUUGAAUGAAGACUCUUUAAUACUACCUUUUAAGUCUGGAAGCUGCCAGUACUAAGUAAAAGUGCCUGUGUAUAUCACCUCCACAACUUUUUACCUAAACAUAGUCUGAGUGCCUAACCUUGUAAUGAUUACAUAUGGAGUGGUCUACAGUGUUUGUGUGCCUAUCUAUCUGUUAGCAUAACAGAUGUCAUUGUCAAUCAAAAUAAAGCUGUCAACUCAC